AUGGCGACUGACCGAACCAAAAUUCAAGGGGUCCGGACGCCCUUAUCCAAACACCCCUCGAGCCGGAAGAGCUGUGACCGGUGUUUCCAGAAGAAGACAAAAUGCUCUGCGCCUUUCGGCAAGGACAGCCCGUGCCGGUCGUGCCGAAAGAAUGGAGCCGAUUGCGUCUUCUCUGACCGGCAGAAGACGGGGCCCAAGGCAAAAGGGGCCAAAGGAGUGUCAAGCUCACCGGGAGUAAGUUCCGCCACCCAGGGCGCAAGGGUGGGCAGGACCGUCGAAGAACCCAUGAGGGCUGCGUCGGGGAGGGCACGGUCAUCGACCACUGAAACGUCUGGCCAUGAAGCGGAGACUACUACAGCGGCCUGCGCUCUCGAUGCGAGCGAAGGUCUUGCAUCCCGGUGGACCACGGCAUACUGGAGAUUCGCGGUCGAUGCCAAUAACUCCAACUCCGAUGCCGCACAGACGUCGGUCGCCGGGGUCAAGGCCAACAAUGGCAAUCGCCAGAAGGAACUGCGGGCGGACAUGCACGCCAUCGGUGAUAGGUUAACCGUCAGUUGGACCAAAACCGCUGUGGCUCGCCUCAAGCAGGAGUCGGUUGGACCGACAAACAGCCCGAGCGGGACACUCUGGAAGGCGUAUCAGCUGCGGAAUAUGGACGGCGAACCCAUUCAGCAAGAGCCCGCGAGCCUGGGAAAACGAUUCGCUGUCGUUCGACAAGUCGAGCUGUGGUGGGAACUGCUGGUGGCGGAGGCGGAUAGUCUUCGCCUUCAUGCGUUUGCCAUUGCUGCUUCUGCUGAAGCUCCCCAUUAA